AUGGCCAACUUACCCGUGGACGAAACUCAGAAGGAGACAGGCGCAACAAUGGUUGAGAAUAUCUCUGACAAGGCGUUUCAAGGCGUUGAAGACAUCAACAUUGACCCUGAGGCCGAGAAGAAACUUCUUCGCAAAAUCGACUGGCACCUUCUUCCAAUGAUUUGGAUCAUCUACCUUCUUUCUUACAUGGAUAGAUCCAAUGUCGGAAACGCAAGAGUUGCCGGUAUGGGCGACGCGCUCCAACUCACCGAUGAUCGAUAUUAUAUUGCCGUUGUGCUCUUUCAGAUUGGCUAUGUCGUUGCCGAAGUCCCUUCCAACAUGAUUCUUGCCCGAUCAAGGCCAUCGUUGUUUCUUCCGGCGCUCAUGAUAUUCUGGGGAACCAUGUGCGCCCUAAUUGCUCUCGUGCAAAACUGGCAACAACUUGUCGGACUUCGCUUCGUGCUAGGAAUCGCGGAAGCCGGAUUCAGUCCUGCUGUCAUGUUCAUCAUCUCUAGUUGGUACAAGAAACAUGAACAGUCCAAGAGAUUUGUGGUCUUCCACAGUGCUGGUAUCAUGUCUGGGGCGUUUGGCAGUAUUCUUGCGGGUGCCAUUACUGAUGGCCUCGAUGGAUCUCUAGGCAUUGCCGGGUGGCGUUGGCUAUUUAUCAUCGAGGGUGUCAUUACCAUUGCUGCCGCUUUUUCCGUUCCCUUUGUUCUUCUUGAUUAUCCAUUGACGUCAAAGAAACUCACUGAGGAACAACGCCAACUUGCUUAUUCCCGACUCCGUGCUGACGGAAUUACAAGCCGCAAUGAUUCCGCGGAGCAUCAAAUCAGCCACUGGGCGGCUUUCAAGCAUGCCGUCUCCAACUGGAGACUCGUCCCCCUCACGCUGGGUUACAUGGUGGUGAUUGGAUCCAUGUCUCUUGCCUAUUUCUACCCUACCUUCACGAAGCUAUUGGGAUAUAGCACAAAGGAUGCGCAAUAUAUGACGGCUCCUAUCUACGGUGUCGCCCUCAUUAUUGCAGUAACACUCUGUAUUGUCGCUGAUAUCGUCCCCAAUUACCGCGCAAUCUUUACCUGUGGUGUUCUAUUCUUCUUUGGGGCCAUCUUUUGCGCUCUUGCCGCGGGUAUUCAUCACCCUAAAGCCAGAUAUGCUUUUCUUUGCUUCAUCAAUACGGCCGUAUGGUCUGCGAACCCCCUCUCUCUUUCCUAUACGAGUACGGUGCUGGGACCAGUUCAUCCAGAGGUCCGAGGUAUUUGCCUAGCCAUUAUCAACGGUUUCGCCAACUUGGCUCAGCUCUACGGGACUUACAUUUUCACCGCCGCGACCCCUCCCGAAUACAUCAUGGGAUUUUCCGUGUACGCUGCUAUAUUUACUGUCGGCGCUGCAAUCUACCUCGGCUCCUUUUUUAUCUUUAGAAAGUACCCGUACAAGCCUUUGGAGGCUUUCUAA